AUGACAGAAAUACUUGUCCGAACAGAGGCAAUAAGUACACAAAAAGCAGUCGCACAGGAAAAACGUGCAUUUGAACUUAAUAAUAACUCCUCUGCACUCACCAUACUCCUCCAAAAUAAACUUAAACGUUCUAAAUCGAGAGGGAGUAUAUUCAUUAAAGGCAAACAAGUAUACGAAAAUCCCAAACUCGUCACAGAAUUAUUUAGUGAACACUUUUGUUUCUCACUAACUAACGAAAAACCAUUUAAUGAUUCUGAACCAAUCCCAGCACCUCCUUGUGAAACUACUGAUGUGGAAUUCAAUGUACAAAAUAUCUCCAAGGCAAUCAGUACAUUGAAACACUCCUACACUGAUAGACCAGAUGGUAUUCCAUCUAGCAUGCUAAAACGUGGUGAUGAUAUGCGUGUUUUGCUGCUCAAACUAUUCGCGAUAUCACUAUCUACAGCGUGUUACCCUAAUGCCUGGAAAACCACGCAUCAUUCCCAAAAUUAA